AUGCACCACCUUAGGCUUCACCCUCGUCAAGGUCAUGAAACAUGUAAUACAUGUGAAAGGCGUAUGGGGAAUCUGUUCUAUACCUGUGAGCAAUGUAACUUCCACACGGAUCUAUACUGUGCCAAGUACCCAUCACCAGGUUAUAUUAACAAUUCCAAGAGUCAUGGCCAUAACCUCACCCUCCUGAGAUAUGCCGAUUGGCCGAAAGACUUCUAUUGUUAUGCUAAAUGUGGGAAAAUUGGUGACGGAGCUCCUUACAAAUGUGAUGAAUGUGAUUUAACCUUCCACGUGGAUUGUGCGGAUCACCCGUUCAAGCCAAAUCGCUCGUCAGAGGUACAACAUCCAUUGGAGGUAAACCAUACUUACCACCCUUUACACCCUCUUAAACUCUUCAAGGGUGGUCAAAGACCCGACUAUUGUGAUGGAACAUGUCGUCUCUGCGGGACAGAGAUUGGUGAUAAAUUGUUUUAUCAUUGCUCUUCCUGUAAUUUCACAGUGGAUAUGCGUUGUGUUGUAAAUCCACCACCACGAUCUCUUCUGAAUUUGAAGGCUCAUGAUCACCAACUCACCCUUCUCCCAAGGCUCAUUUCUUUUACUUGUAAUGCUUGCGGGCUGAGAGGAGACCGGAGCCCCUAUGUCUGUAUUCAAUGCGACUUCUUGGUCCAUCAAGACUGUCUUGGCUUUCCGCGCCUCAUAAACAUCAACCGACAUGAUCAUCGUAUCUUGCGCACUUCACUUCUUGGUCUUGUGAACUCUGUAUGUGGUGUUUGUCACAAGAAAGUGGAUUGGACUUGUGGGGGUUUUUCUUGUCAGAAGUGUCCUGACUUUGUCGUUCAUUCGAAAUGUGCUACCAGAAAUGAUGUAUGGAAUGGGGAAGAGCUGGAAGGAGUACCCGAAGAAACAGAAGAUAUAACGCCAUACGUGAGAAUAGAUGGCAACACAAUACAACAUUUCAGCCACAAAGAACACAAUCUAAGAUUCGACGAGGGUGGUAUUCUAACUGAGGAGAACAAGUGGUGCAGCGCAUGCACUCAACCCAUCUAUCCAAAGUCCUUUUAUGGGUGUAUGGAAUGUGAUUUUGUUCUCCAUGAUAAGUGCGCUAACUUGCUGAAAAAGAAACGUCAUGUGUUGCAUAAUGAGCGGCUAAGUUUGGUAACAAGCGAGGUCGAUGACUUUGACUGUAAUGGUUGUGGUAGAAGCAGCAAUGGUUUCAGGUACCAGGGGGAGCAUAUGAAUUUAGAUGUCCGGUGCGGUUCAAUUUCCGAGCCAUUUGACCAUUCAGGUCAUCCCCAACAUCCCUUAUAUUUCAUUUCAAGAGACGGAAGAGGAAUAUGCAAUUGUUGCAACAAACGGACAUAUAAAAUGCUCAAAUGCAUUGAAGAUAAGUGUGUAUUUGUCUUGGACUUCAAGUGCGCCACUCUACUACAAGUGGUAAAGCAUAGAGUGGAAGAUCAUCCUCUCACACUAAGCUAUGGUGAAAAGGAAGAUCAUCCUCUCACACUAUCCUAUGGUGAAAAGGCAGGUAAAUAUUGGUGUGAUAUUUGUGAGAAAGAAACCAAUCCAAAGACAUGGUUCUACACAAGUAAAGAUCACCAAGCUACUUUGCAUACAGAGUGUGUGCUCGGAGACUUGACAAGUUUCAUGCCAAGAAGCACUAUAAAAUAUUCGGCCUACUCAUAUGAAUUGGUGAUCAAUAUUAGUAUGUCUCGCCCACGUUGCAUCUGGUGUAAGUCCCGUUGCGAGUCCUCCAUCAUCUUGAAGAUGCUAAAUGGAACCUUAAAUGCAUACCUUUGCUCUUAUCACUGCCUAGCUAGCUCACCUUUAGGACAGAGACGGCCGGUCUAUGAGCGCUCGAUAGAAGAUCGAGAUUGUAGAAGAAACGAACGUGAUCCGUCUAAAGAGCUGUUUUGGCAAGUACCUAACCGCUUCAAACAUCCAAAUGUUCCUCGUGAUGGGAUCGGGUCUGCUUGUGGACAAGAGAGGAUCAUUGUCUUCACGACGAAUCACUUGGAAAAACUUGACCCGGCUUUGAUCAGGAGAGGAAGAAUGGAUAUGCACAUUGAGCUGUCUCACUGUACUUUCGAGGCGUUCAAGAUUCUCGCCAAGAACUAUCUGGAUCUUGAUACUCAUCCUCUGUUCUGUGAAAUCGAGUCUUUAUUGAAGGAAACGAAGAUUGAACCAGCUGAUGUUGCUGAGAACCUAAUGAAGAAGAAUCGUGAAAUAGAUGCUGAUGGAUCUCUCAACGAUCUGAUUAAAUCUCUGGAGAGGAAGAAGAAGAUUCAGAAAGCCCUAGUAGAUGAUAACAAGGAGAACCAUGGUAACAAGAUAUUUAAUCCAUUUCACAUGAUAUUUUGA